AUGCAGAUUGGUGAAGGAACUUACAGUAGUGUAUACAAGGCCCGGGAUCUAGUAACUGGCAAAAUAGUUGCCAUGAAGAAGGUCCGGUUCAUUAAUAUGGAUCCGGAGAGUGUUCGUUUCAUGGCUAGGGAAAUCAAUAUUUUGCGGAAACUUGACCAUCCAAAUGUUAUGAAGCUCGAAGGUAUAGUCACUUCUCGGAUGUCGCGCAGUUUGUAUCUUGUUUUCGAGUACAUGGAGCAUGACCUUGCAGGGCUUGCAGCAACUCCUGGCAUAGACAUCACUGAAGCACAGAUUAAAUGUUACAUGCAACAAUUAUUUCGUGGCCUCGAACACUGCCAUAGCCGGGGUGUCCUGCACAGAGACAUCAAGGGAGCAAAUCUGCUGAUUGACGACAAUGGAAUUCUUAAGAUAGCAGAUUUUGGUUUGGCUACAUUUUUCCAGGCUGAUCCUAAGCAACCACUAACAAGUCGUGUAGUAACUCUUUGGUACAGGGCACCUGAGCUUUUGCUUGGUGCCACUGAAUAUGGAGUUGCUAUAGAUUUGUGGAGUUCUGGUUGCAUACUUGCUGAGUUAUUUGCUGGGAAGCCUAUUAUGCCUGGAAGAACAGAGGUAGAGCAAAUGCACAAGAUAUUUAAGCUGUGUGGUUCACCCUCAGAGGAGUACUGGCAGAAAACAGAGCUACCACAUGCAUCAAGUUUCAAACCCCAAAAACCUUACAAAUGUCGUAUUGCUGCCACUUUCAAAAACUUCCCUCAGUCUGCCUUGUCUCUUGUUGAUAAACUCCUAGCAAUGGAACCCGAAAAUCGAGGCUCCGUUGCUUCUGCACUUAGAGCUCAGUUCUUUACAACAGAACCUUUACCUUGUGAUCCAGCAAGUUUGCCUAAGUACCCUCCCAGCAAAGAACUAGAUAUCAAACGUCGAGAUGAUGAAGCAAGAAGGAAAAAAGCAGAGGCUGUAAAGGGGAGAGGACCUGAAUCUGUUAGAAGACGUUCAAGAGAUUUUAAGGAAGUGCCUACACCAGAAGGAUCAGAUACUAAUGCAGAUUCUACAAGAAACCGUGGCAGCUUCAGAGCACAAAUGUCUCAGGCAGCUAAUACUUCCCGUGAGAAACGUGAUAAAGCAUCCAACGAAGAUCCUGCAUCGGGUUAUGCUCCAAGGAAGACGAAGAUCCAAUACUCAGGACCAAUGGUGCCUCCUGGAGGAAACAUUGAGGAUGUACUUAAAGAACACGAGAGGCAAAUCCAGCAGGUCAUACGGAAAGCACGUCUUGACAAGUGA